UGAUGCCUCGGACAAACUUCUAACCUUCACUUCGUCUGUGUGCGAAUAUCUGCGAUACACUGCUGGUGCUCUUAUAAAUGUCAUAUCUAUCUUCACCCUCAUGGACUGGAAAUUAUAAACUUUUCUUGACCAGCUGAACAGGCAGGAGUAUGGGCAAAUUCCAGUCCAAACUUGCUUCGAGACGUAGACAGAGUCCUGAAGGUGGUAGUUUGGCUUCCAAUGUGCUGACCUGUCAGAGAGAGCUGGAGAGCACCCACAAAACCAAACUGACAGAGAACUUGUACGUAGAAUUGAGGGUGAACAAGUCUAACCAUAACUGCAACCUCCAUGUGCCUCUUCCACAAAAGAAGACACCUGAUGGAGGUAACAGCGUCCACUUCCAGGUCCAUAAACAGACAAAGACGAACAGCCGGGCUGGUGACAUGUCCAGUCUGAUACACUCCAUGUAUGAGGUCCUUGAGGGGUCAAUAAAGCAGCCGUACGGUGACACCACACCCCUGAAGAUAAAACUAGUUGUAACUCCGUCAGCUGACCCAGAGAAGCUCUCAGAAAUAGCGGCAGAGAAGGAGCAGAGUGUGUCUCAGGAGGGAGGAACCUCAGUAAGACGACUUUAUUGCGUGGAUGAAAACAUAGAGCGCAGAAACCACUACCUGGAUCUAGCUGGCAUUGAAAACUAUACCUCCAAGUUUGACAAUACAGAAUCUCCCUCUCAGGAGCCCAGUCAGGGUGGUCACUCUGCUCUUAAGCACCACCCUGUGGUGAUCAGAGAGAACUGCAUCUCCCCUGACUCUCCCAGAGGCCUCUCGAUCCCCCAUUCCCUGAAAAGCAAGGCCAUGUCAGUGGGGAGAGACAGGAAUGGAGUAGAGGGAAAGUCCUGCAGGUUACAUGGUCACCAUCCUGCUUCAUGGUGCCAUCCUUCGCAGUCUCAGCCUGCUGCACACGGCGUCCCCCUGCAACGUGCUCAAAGCAAGAGGCUCCGCUCCAGGGUGCAAGCUGCUGCCUCGCCACUGAGACCCACACCAGGGGGAGAUAGGGACAUAUAUUCCAACCUUCAGCCAUCCUGUAGGGCCCUGGCCUCUCCAGCCCGGAGACAUGAGCACCAUCACCACCAUGAGCACCAUCAUCAUCAUCACCAUCACUACCACCCUUCGUAAAAGCAUUUAAAGCACAUAUAAGACAGGUGAGAAGAGCUGGUAUAGACUAUUGACCUGAAAUGGGGUAGUUUUGGCGGUCAAACUCAGCAGGCCUUUGAAUCACCUCAUGAUAUCGGGAAAGAAACCCUAAAAGAGCACCUACACUAAAUCCAGUAAGGCCAGUUACAUGUUUACUGAAUGCUGCUUUUAUAGACAUGUACAAUGACAGGUUCCUCUCAGGUAAAUUGCCACUUAGCUUUUAAAUUAUUUAAAUGCACAUUUUGUAGAAAUACAUGUAGUUUGAACAGAGUAAAAUGGUGUAGAAAUUAAUAUACAGUAUGUUUUUAAUGUAACAGCAUUUAUUCUGACAGGCCUGGCCAAAUAUGUGUAUCAUUAAACACAAAUUUAGAGAUUCAGUGUGUACGAUUUAGGGGCAUUUCAUGGCAUCUAGUGGUGAGGAUUGCAAAUUGCAGCCGGCUGAAAUGUCUCCCGCUUAGAAUUCCUUCAGUGGUCAUUGUUCAGGAGGUUUUUGUCUUGAGCUAAUUAUCUGCAGAGGUCUCUUCCUCUCCGAAACAAACAGAACUGGUGAUUAAAACCAGUAAAAGCACUGAAUAAAGCAGUUUACAUUACAAACCAGUGUGUCUUCGAUGUUGUUUGGCUCGUCACAAUAUUGGGCGGUACCCCAGCACCUGCUAAUGUGUGCUUAGCUAUUUUCUCUUAUAACUUAAGGCCCAGAUGUUCAGGAGGUUUUUACUGUGAGCUGAUUUAUCAGCAGAGUUCUCCUCCUCUCCAAAACAAACAGACCUGGUGAUAAAAAUCAGCGCUGCCUAAAGCAUUUCGAUGUUAAAAAACAGUAGUGUUCCAACGCUCUCGUCGUGGAGGGACUGCUUACUAUGGUGGCCAAUGCAAAAACAAGGCCCUAUCUAGAGCCAGUGUUUGGUUUGUCCACUCUGAAACAUGGCGUUGCAACAUGGCGAUCUCUGUGGACAAGGACCCGCUCCCUAUGCAGAUGUAAACGGCUCAUUCUAAGGUGCUGAAAAAAACAAUUUUUAUUUUAAGGUGAUUAUACACUAAAGACAUACUUAAUAUAUCACAUUUCAUUUCUGCCAAUAUAUCACCCUAAAUCCUGCACACUGGACCUUUAAUGACAAGUAAUUUCUCAGUUGCUAGUUUGACAGAGAUCAUUAAAGACUGGAUAAGAUUUUAAACAUCUAGUCCUAUGUGCUUAAAAUGGCAGUGAAUAACUUCUUAGUUGAUAGUUCAUAUUACAAUAACUGUCACUCAAAGUCCAGGCUUUGUUUACUUGUUUUCCUUUCAACACAACUCCUACUCAACUUUAUCUAUGUAGCACUUUUUUUUUACUAUCAUGCAGCCCAAAAUGUUUUUCAUAGCAAAAUUAAAACAAUUGCAUGAAUAUAAUGUUAAAACAACAAACACCUGUUGUUUCUUAUUGUAGUUUUCCACAGAAGUGGAAUUAAACAGACACGUUGAAAUAUGUUCAGCACAGUGAGCUUAGCAGAAUACAAACAACAGUAAAUAUCAGGUUGUUUUAGAUGUUCUUUCAUCUGGGAGAAAGCCAUCAUGGUAAAUGCAUGUCUCCGCCGACAGAAGCCUCAAUAGACCAUAAUGCACUGUUACCAUGUGACAUGUAAGUCGAUCCUGAUAAAAGCACUUUUCUGAGGCAGAAAAAGUAGAUGCACCAAAAU